UUUAAGGUAAGGCACGACAGUAAUUGGAAAACAUAACACUCAUACCAAACUGUAGAGACAGAACAGUUUAAUAAUCUGACCUCAGGAUCUCAGCAUCGGACAGCAGCACCAUGAAGAGGUUUCUGCUGCUCUUCCUCUCACUGAUGACAGGCUGUGGGGCCAGCUCUGAGGUGAAGGGAUGCAGAGGUGGAUGGGUUGAUUUUACCUGCGGAUACCCUAAAGAAGAUGAAAUAUAUGCACGUAUUGAUUUAGUUAAUGACACACAAAUAAUCAUCCAAACCAAUGAAAAUAAUGUGUGGAAAAGCGAAGGAAGAUUUUCCGUGUACCAUGAUAAAGAAAAUAAAAAUAUCAGGGUGGUCAUCAAAGAGAUUCAACAAGAACAGACGUACAAGUUACAUUUUAGACCUGAGCAUAGACCUAACAAAAAAUACAAAGAAGAAGUGGAAUUGGAAUUAUAUAACGGCUGCCAGGAACCAUUAAAUAAAACUGCGUACAAAACAGAUACAACCAUAUUCAAAUGUGAUAAAGAAAACAAAGACGACUUGAGAGUCAAGUUUUUCUGCAAAGAGAACGGUUCAAUCUGUGAGGAUAUUUUAUCAACAAAAUCUACUCUGAGGUCAAACGUGUUCACUCUCACAGAAACAGAGAGUGGCUUCACUGUGUCCAUCAGUAAUGUGUCCCCACAGUACGCUGGAGUCUACUGGUGUGGAGUGGAAAUAACGAAAACAAAAAAAAAUUACAGAGCUGCUCUCAGGAAAAUACAACUGGAGGUUAAAGUGCAUCCAGAAUUAUUGACAACCUCUAGUACAUCAUCAACAUCCCGUCCUCCAACCACUUUGUCACCUACUGCUUCCUCUACUGCUUCAUCUACUGGUUCAUCUACUGGUUCAUCUACUGGUUCAUCUACUGCUUCAUCUACUGGUUCAUCUACUGGUUCAUCUACUGCUUUCUCUACUGGUUCAUCUACUGGUUCAUCUACUGGUUCAUCUACUGGUUCAUCUACUGGUUCACCUACUGCUUCCUCUACUGCUUUCUCUACUGGUUCAUCUACUGGUUCAUCUACUGGUUCAUCUACUGGUUCAUCUACUGCUUCAUCUACUGGUUCAUCUACUGCUUUCUCUACUGGUUCAUCUACUGGUUCAUCUACUGGUUCAUCUACUGCUUCAUCUACUGGUUCAUCUACUGCUUCCUCUACUGGUUCAUCUACUGGUUCAUCUACUGGUUCACCUACUGCUUCCUCUACUGUGUCAAAAACCCAGUCCAACUCUGCACAGAAAGAUGGUGUCUCUUGGAUUCCUAUAGUCGCCGCUGUGGUCUGUGCGGCUCUGCUGGGGCUUCUGCUAUUUUUGGUCUUCAGAUACAAGCAUUCAUGUUGUUCAAAAAACAAAAUAAUUGGAGAAGCACAUAACGUGGAGGAUCGUGCCUAUGACGAGAUCCGGGAGCGCCCCCUGGUGACAGGUCCAGGAACUGCACUUCAGUCACUUUAUGUCACUGCCAACGCUCCCACAAACCCCUCUGCCUCGCCAUAUUACUCCACCAUCAAUGCUCCCACAAACCCCUCUGCCUCGCCAUAUUACUCCACCAUCAACGCUCCCACAAACCCCUCUGCCUCGCCAUAUUACUGCACCAUCAACGCUCCCACAAACCCCUCUGCCUCGCCAUAUUACUGCACCAUCAACGCUCCCACAAACCCCUCUGCCUCGCUUGAUUACUCCACCAUCACGGCUCACAACAUCUCUGCUGAAGCUGGUGAAACAUAUUCUACAGUGAAGGACCAGGCCCAAUCUGCCGCCUACUCUACUGUCAAUCAUCCAUCCAGACUUCCUGAAGACCCUUUCAAUUCUUCUGUCAACCACCCACAGCUACAGCAGACCUGAGAUACUGUACAUCCUUUUCACUUCAUUUGUUUCGGAUUCAAACCAGGCUUCACACUUCAGUAAUAAUUUAAUAGUUCACUUUGUUUGAUUUUAAGUCCUAUCUGCACUGAUCCCCAACCAUGUGAUAUGAUUUCAUACAGGUGUGGUUGAUAGAAGGUUGGAAAUAUACUGUUUUAAUUAAAAACUUGGCAGCAGGUUUGUGCAUUAUGGUAAAGUCAGGGGUCCGUAGUAACAUAUGUAUGUGGGAGCAUGCUUUAGUAUAUUGUUAAGGAAAUAAUACUUUAAAUCAGGGGUUCGAAGAAUAAGGAUUAGUUGGCAAAACAUUCAUUAUGAGUUCAACCUCCAUCAUUACGAACACAAAACUCCCAAACUUUUGAUUUGUGUGCUCUCUGUAUGUAUGUCAAAAAUGUGUGUAAUAUACACAAAUAACAUCUGUGCUAAAGAUGAGCACUGAUAUUACUGAAUGCUACAGGAAUAUACUGAAUCAAAUGUAUGCAUUUUAGAUUAAAGUAAUAAUCUCAUUAAUCUGCCCUUUCACUGCAACCUUUCCCCACAGCCUCAGACUGUGAUAUAUUCACUGUAUAUAUUGUAAACUGUUAUGCAACAUUUAUUUCAUUUAUCUUUUUGAAAUCCUUCCUACUUUUUUGACUUUAUUUAUUAAUAAAUUAUGUCACUUGUUAUUUUACAAUAUCAUUCAAUACUAUAUUUCAUUUGUAUAUGUAAAAAAUGCUUUUAUAUUGAUAAUAAAAAAAGGUUUACAUUGAGUUUUUUUUUCUAUUAGUGUUAUUGCAGGUGUGUAUAUGCAGUAUAGCACAAC